AUGGAUUCAAAUAAAAACGUGUCAAGUUUUAAUCGAUUAGAAGCAUUCAUUCAAUAUUAUCUUGAUCGUAUAACACCAUUUGCUAUUUUUCGUUGGCUAUUUAAUUUAUUUUUAUUAAUCAUUUUUUUCCUUCGAAUUAUAUUGGUACAAGGUUUCUAUAUCAUAGCAUAUGGUCUUGGGAUAUUUUUACUCAAUCAACUUAUACUGUUUUUAACACCUAAACUUGAUCCAUCACCAGUUAAUAAUAUUGAUGAAGAUGAUAAUAUACCAAAUCUACCAACAAAGUCAACCGAUGAAUUUCGACCAUUUAUUCGUCGUUUGCCGGAGUUUAAAUUUUGGUAUAUUACUUUUAAAGCAUUAAUUAUUAGUUUAAUUUUAACAUUAUUUUCAAUGUUUGAUGUUCCGGUUUUUUGGCCUGUGCUGUUAAUAUAUUUUAUUGUGUUAUUUCUUUUAUCAAUGAAGCAACGUAUAAUACAUAUGAUACAUUAUAAAUAUGUUCCAUUUACAUAUGGGAAAGUUCGAUAUGAAGGAAAAAGUGUAGGACAGCAAGGAAUCAAAUUUUCAACAAAUUGA